AUGAGCUUAUACGGACGAUGUUUUUCUCAAUCUGCCACAUCCUCACUCCGCCACUGUUAUAACAUUCGUCAUCGCCUCGCCAUGCCCCGCCUUUCGCUCCCCGUCAACUCCGCCGCAUGCGCCGGAUCGCCCGCCUUUCUCCCUCACCGCAGCACCCACAUUUCGACUGCCUUGAACGGCUGGCAAGGACGGCUAUUCGUUAGUAGCUUUCAGGCCAGCAAUGACUCCGUUAUUGUCACAUCCCGCAGUCUCAUUCCCUCAUCAGUUUCGCGUCCCAACUUCUGUAAUCUCCAAUCCCGAUUCAACCGAACCGUUUAUACGCGCAUAGCGAGCCAAUCGCAAUACGCUACUAGGGACGUCCUUAUUGGCAACGCUUUCGCUGUACAGGACACCUCUGACGUCACUCAGUCACUUCGACUGUCCAAAUUUGGCCUAAUAACCACUAACCGGUUAGCUAUCGACAAAUUUCUAUUCUAUCCAGCUUCGUACACCUCAGGUUCUUCUCGCCGUAGUUCUGUUCAGGUGAAACCAGCAGAGGAAUCGCCUGAAAAUCCACCUGAUGAUUUGUAUGAGGAUUGUCGGGACCUUCGGCCCGACGACCUGCGACGAAUAUGCGAGUCAACGGAGUCAGCGCAGUCAACGGAGUCAACAGACUCGACGCAGUUAAUGCAGCAGCCGGAUCGCGUCUUCGUGGCGUCAAUUCCGCUGGACGCGCCGGCCGGACCUCCGCAGAGGGUUGCUGACGUGGCAGGACGGCUGUUUCCUCUGCUGUGCAGUCACUGGGUGGUGAUUACAGCGAGAGAAAGUGGAGAGAAUUCUCAAAAAUCACUCACGCUGACUUGUCCCCACCUGACCCCUCUCUCCUUCCUCUCCCCUCUUAAACGUCUCCCAGGAUAUCUGCUCAUUCGCCCGCUCUCCUCCAUUCCCUCCUGUCGCUGUUGGUGUGUCGGCUCGUCUGUUCACUCUGACGCGCUUGAUGCUGUCCAAUCGUUUAACGCCACGUGGCGCACCGAGCUGACGGUGUUCUCAAACGACUGUAGAGACUACAGCCAAGCACUCGCAUCACAUCUAACAGGCAAGAAGGUAGACCUCAGCUCCGGCAUCGUUCCGCGCGCGAAGCACGCGGCGGCGUCCGCCCUGGCGACGAUGGCGACGACGUUCCCGUCGGCGAUGCAGGAGGAGGCGUUCCUGAAGGCCGUGGCGGUGGAGCUGGCGAAGCUGGGGUUCCGCAAGGACAACGGCAUCGCGCUGGUGAACACGUGCCGCGACGAGGUGUGCCGGCCCGUGGUGAGCAUCAUCGACCGCGAGUUCGGGCUGAGCUUCAACAUCUCGGGGCUGGGCGGGCUCGUCAACUGCGGCAAGGUCGGCUUCAAAGCCGCCAUGAGCCACUCGCCCGAGUUCCCCUGCGACGUCGACGGCAACCUCAAGGAGCGAUACAUUUUCUUCGCGUUCCCGCACGUGUCCAUCGGCGAGUCAGGCGAGGUGGGGUCGCUGCUGCGUCGCGGUCGCGGCAAGCCGUCGAGCGCGUGCGGGGCGUUGAUCGCCAUCAACAACGACAUCAACAACGGCACGGCGCCCAGCAUGGACAGCGACGACCCCGAGUACACGCUGCUGCGCAAGAAGAUUAUGACUAAGGUCUCCGGCAGUAAUCUGUCGCUGGUGGACGUGACGCGCGCGGCGUUGGCGGCGAUCAACGAGGACCUGGAGAAGCUCAUCUCGCUGACGGUGGACCCCGCCACGGCGGACUACGCCGUGAUCACGGGCGUGCAGAUCCACUCGGGCGACCAGAUUCCCGGCCAGCCCUUCCGCAUCGAGCGCACCUGCGACUACAUCGCUCCCGACAAGAUGUACGCCGUCGUUCGUGGCCAGAAGUACCAACUCAAGGUGGAGACGCCCAAGUCGGAAGGCGUCGCUGCCAUGGUUUGA